AUGAGAAGAAGAGGUCCAGAUGAACUUCACACCACUUCUUACAGAAAGGGUCUCACACAUACUUGUAAGAACUGCCUACAACUAGGCCAUAACAAGGCAUCGUGUAAAAAUCCUACAAAUCCAAGGUCUAAACUUUACAAGGGAAACCCUGCAAAUGAGGAAAUUCAAAAUUCUCAAGGUGCUCCUCCAUCUUCCAGUCAAGGACCAUCAACCUCUGUUGCACCAACAAACUCUUCUACACCAAGGUCAAAUGUUUCUAGCUCUGUUGCACCAUCUUCUACUCAACCAAGUUCUUCCAUUCAAGAUCAAUCUGUUGCUGCACCAGGAAGGGUAUAUGUGGGAAGAAGGAAUGAGGGUUUACUAGGAAGAAGUAAGAAAAUCAAAAACCCGCGGGCAACAAAUCAAACACAAAGAGUGCCUGCUGUUGUACCAACGGUUCCUCCAACUUCACAAGCAGCUGUUCCUCCAAUGGCAACAGCUAAUGUUCCUCCAAAUGUUCCAAAUUCCAGCAACCCUCCUGUGCGCAAAAGGAAGCCUCAAAUAUCCGAAGUCCUUCAUAAUAUUAGGGAGGCUGCCAAGAAGAAACGCAUUUGGAAAGUUUGA